UCGAAUCACCCACGAGAGCUUAGGUUCUUUUUUACAUAAAGAUCUCGUCGGAACCCUAGGAAGCCAGAAGCACGUGUUGAAGAUGUCACGAGCACUAGUCUUAGUGUCACUCCUCACUGUCGCCAUUCUCAGCGAUGCCUUCUCUACGGAAAACCCUACGGAUCGGCGAGUCCUCGUCUUGCUUGACGAUUUCGCCAUCAAAUCUUCACACUCUCUCUACUUCAACUCCCUUCAAUCCCGAGGUUUUGAUCUCGAUUUCAAGCUCGCGGAUGAUCCAAAGAUCGCCUUACAAAGAUACGGCCAGUAUUUAUAUGACGCCUUGAUUCUCUUCUCCCCUUCAACUGAUCGAUUUGGGGGAUCAGUUGAUGCAGCUGGUAUUCUGGAUUUUGUUGAUUCUGGUCAUGAUUUGAUUAUUGCUGCGGAUGCGUCUGUCUCUGAUCUAAUUCGAGAGAUUGCAACUGACUGUGGAGUCGAUUUUGAUGAGGAUCCAAGUGCCGUGGUUAUUGAUCAUACAAGCUAUGCAGUUUCUGAUACAGAAGGGGACCAUACAUUAAUUGCCGGUGAUGAUCUCAUUCAAUCUGAAGUCAUCUUUGGCAGUGAAAAGAUUAAGGCACCUGUUCUGUUUAAGGGAAUCGGUCAUUCUGUAAAUCCGACCAAUAGCUUGGUGCUGAAGGUCCUCUCAGCUUCUCCUUCAGCGUAUUCAGCUAAUCCUAAAUCGAAAUUAUCAACUCCACCAAUGCUUACUGGAUCCGUGAUCGGUCUUGUUUCAGUUGUGCAGGCAAGAAAUAAUGCCCGAAUUAUGAUAUCUGGCUCCUUAAGCAUGUUUAGCAACCGAUUCUUCAGUUCUGGGGUGCAAAAAGCUGGUGGUUCAAUUAACUAUGAGAAAUCAGGGAAUGAGCAGUUUUUGACCGAAAUUAGCAAGUGGGUUUUCCAUGAAAGAGGUCAUCUCAAGGCUGUGAACGUGAGACAUCACAGAGUCGGGGAGACAGAUGAACCAUCCAUAUACAGAAUCAAUGACGAAUUGGAAUAUUCUGUUGAGAUCUAUGAAUGGUCUGGAAAAAGUUGGGAACCCUAUGUGGCUGAUGAUGUGCAAGUUCAGUUUUACAUGAUGAGCCCCUACAUAUUGAAAACCAUGUCAACUGAUAAGAAGGGUGUCUAUUAUACAACUUUCAAGGUUCCAGAUGUUUAUGGAGUAUUCCAGUUCAAGGUUGAGUAUGACAGACUAGGAUACACGAGCUUGAGCCUUUCAAAGCAGAUUCCUGUUCGGCCCUUCAGACACAACGAAUAUGAGAGAUUUAUAACAGCUGCUUUUCCCUAUUACGGAGCAUCCUUCUCUAUGAUGGCUGGUUUCUUUAUUUUCUCCUUGGUAUAUCUCUACCACAAGUAAGACGGAAGGAAUGGAGACUCUGUGAAGGAAUCUAGUGCAGGUUUUGCAUCUGAAGGUUUAAGUUGGAAAUACAGGAUAUAGCGUGUUUAGCCAAUAGUGUUCCGCGAAACAAGUAUAUUCUGGUAAUUUGGCUGUGCUUUGUGGCAAAAUCAAGUGAAUUAAUGCGUACUAUGUUCUAAUAUGCUGUUCAAGAUGUGAUUGGCUAAUUAUUUUUUCCUUUUAUUGGUUUUAGUCGAGAUGAUGAUUUGCCACCUUGUUACAGCGAAUUGCAAGUCUUUUCCAAUACACUUUUUUCUAGGCCCACUAUCAGGAGUAAGUUUGAGGUGUUCAAAGAUAUUAUUUUUCUAAUUUGGGCCGAAAUUGCGUUGUUAGUGUGGACAGAAGUGGCUUUGUAAGAAAUUUUGCCCCUGCAUAACAGUGAAUUAUUGGUGUUAUUACUCAA